AUUCAUGUAGUUAUUUUUGUUCUAACUCGACUGAAAAUUCCCUAGAUUCAUUCGUAUUCCCACAACUUAACGUCAAAAUGCUCUAAUGUGAUGUGAUAGUGGUCGCCGAUGGACAAUGAUGACAAAGUGCUUGAAAUUGUUGUAAUAUCAAUAAAGAAGAUAAUUUAAUAAUAUGAUAGUAUGCUAGCAUCGACAAAUAUUGGCAAGGAACAUAUUUUUUUGUACAUUCAAAUAUAUAAGUGAUUUAUCGGCUUUGCAUACCUCGGCGUUCAUUUCAUUAAUUUGCUAAAAUGUUGUCUAUAGGACCAAAAAUGGAUGGGGGACCAAAUAUAAAGUAUUUUGAGUCCCCAGAAACACUCACUGCUCUAGAAGCAGUAAAAAACUGGUUACAGAAAAAUGGGAAAAAGUACGUCCAAAACGAACAACUUACAAAUAAAACACUAUCCACAACUACAGUUCAAUUUAUGCAAUUUCAAGAGGAUUUUUUGGGAAAGAAUGCCCAGAAGCCAACAAUGACGCGUAUACCUGUUAAAUAUUUCUUAGAUUUUAAGCCAGGGGGAGGUCUUUGUCAUAUGCUUUUAGCUGCCUAUAAAUUUAAGAGUGAACAUGGCUGGAGAAAGUUUGAAAUACCAUCAGGAAAGAAUGUGUCAAAACUGGAACGUGUAUACGAAAUGUUUCAAAGUAUGGAAAAGGCACUAAUAACUGCAAAACUAUAUACCUUGCCUAUUGUAUUUAUAAAACCAGAAAUCGAUAAGGCAGUAGCUCAAAAAGUAAAGGAAAUGGUCAGAAAAAGAAAUGGGCAAAUAGUUGAAACUGAAGAUACAGCUACCCACAUAAUAUAUGGCUCAGUUGAUCCACUUAAGGAUGAAUAUGGGAGACCUACAUACAAAAGAGAUAAAAUGGUUAUGAUGCACUGGUAUUAUUUUCCAAAUUCUUUCGACACUUGGGUCAACCUGGAGUCAGCUGGACUGGAGGGACUUACGAUUGAAAAUAAUUCUAGUCCUCACUCAGGACCAUGGAGGGUUAGUUGUAAUUGGAUUUAUGAAACUGAUCAGUAUAAUGAAUGGAUGUCGGAGGAGGAUUAUGAAGUAGAUGAAAAUGGAGUGAAGAAAGUACAUCCUAGAUUAAUGUCUGUAGAAGAUUUAAUGAAUCCUUCAGAAGAUAGGAACAAAAAGAACAAAGGUAAAAGGAAACGCUCCCCUUCUCCUCCGUCAAAAGUAGGCAAAAGAAAAAGUGGAAGAAGUCCUGCUGUAGGGAAAAAAACAAGACCAGAGGAUCCCGAAUCUGAAGAUUUAACGAAAGACAUGGAAGAACCAACUCCAGAACCUAAUAUAGUUGAAGUUAAUCCUACUCCACCACCAACAAAUCAGCCUGUUAAGAAAGAUCAUGAAUUACAACCACUUAAAGGAGGAUCUAUAACUGAUUUAGAAGAGAACGAAGAAAGAGGUGAUGAUUCUCAAACUGGUAAAAAUAGUGAUAGUAAUACACAAGACGAUGGACAAGAAGAUAAUGUAACUGAGCAAACUCAUCACAUCAUUAUUCCAUCUUAUUCUGCAUGGUUUGAUUAUAAUUCAAUACACGAGGUGGAAAAAAGAGCAAUGCCCGAAUUUUUUAAUGGAAGAAAUAAAUCUAAAACCCCAGAAAUAUAUUUAGCUUAUAGAAAUUUUAUGGUUGAUACCUACCGGCUUAAUCCCACUGAGUAUAUAACUAGUACAGCUUGUAGACGUAAUCUUGCUGGAGAUGUUUGUGCUAUAAUGCGAGUCCAUGCAUUUUUGGAACAAUGGGGUUUGAUAAACUACCAAGUUGAUACAGAUUCCCGGCCUACACCUAUGGGUCCACCGCCCACAUCUCAUUUUCAUAUCCUUUCAGAUACACCAUCGGGUCUACAACCUAUUAACCCACCGAAAACUCCACAACCUAGCGCGGCAAAAACUUUAUUGGAUCUUGACAAAGUUCAGGAUGUUAAAAAAACUGAAAAUACAACAGAAAUAUCUAGUUUUGGCCUUAAGUUAGAUCAGUAUGCUAAGAAACCCGCUGUUUUAAGAAACAAAAGUGCAGCAUCUCUAACGAGGGAUUGGACUGAACAAGAAACGUUAUUACUACUAGAAGGAUUAGAAAUGUAUAAAGAUGAUUGGAAUAAAGUGUGUGAACAUGUAGGAUCUCGCACUCAGGAUGAAUGUAUUCUGCAUUUUCUUAGGCUACCUAUUGAAGAUCCUUAUUUAGAAGAUCCAGAAGCUGGAGGGGCCUUAGGACCUCUAGCAUAUCAACCUAUUCCCUUCAGUAAAGCAGGAAAUCCAAUAAUGUCUACGGUUGCAUUUUUAGCAUCCAUAGUUGACCCUAGAGUGGCAGCAGCAGCCGCAAAAUCAGCUAUGAAUGAAUUUGCUAGAAUCAAAGAUGAAGUACCUGCCUCUGUUAUGGAUGCUCAUUUAAAGAAUGUUGAAGCUUCAAAUGCUGAAGGUAAGUAUGAUCCUGCUGCUAAUUUAUCACUUACUGGUAUAGCAGGAACAGUACCUGAUAAGGAAGAAGAAGAUAAAAUUAAAAAGGAAGAAAUUAAAGAGGAAGAUAAAGUUGCCGAAGAAAAGAAGAAUGGUGAAAGUAAAGAAGAAAAAAGUAGUGAUAAAAUAAAGACAGAAACUUCAGAUGUCGAAAAAGAAGAAAAAAUUGAUAUAUCUGAAUGCAAAACAGAAAAAGUUAAAGAUAGUGAAAUGCAAAGUGCAGCGGCAGCUGCUUUAUCAGCUGCAGCCGUUAAAGCCAAACACUUAGCAGCUGUAGAAGAAAGAAAAAUUAAAUCAUUAGUAGCUUUGCUUGUUGAGACCCAAAUGAAGAAACUAGAAAUUAAACUAAGACAUUUUGAAGAACUAGAAACUACUAUGGAAAGAGAAAGGGAAGGUCUUGAAUAUCAAAGACAACAACUCAUCACAGAAAGACAACAAUUUCAUUUAGAACAGUUGAAAGCUGCUGAGUUUAGAGCUAGGCAACAAGCACAUCAAAGGUUACAAGCCGAACAAGGACAAUGGGCUGCUCAACAACCGCCCACAACACAUUCAACCCCACCUACUGAAACUGGACCAAGUACAACUCCUACACCUCCAUCUCCCCAAGCAGCAGCAGUAGCUUCUCCACAAGCUCCGCCUCAUAUUCAUAUAUAAAAACAAGAUUAGAGGGGAGGUUCACGAAUCGCACUUUCCCAACUAAUGCCACAGUUUUUAUAAUGGCUGAAGUAUUAAUUUAGGAAGUCUCAAUUUAUAGUUUUUGCUAUAAUUUUAUAAAAAUUAGAUUAAGUGAACUUUUUUUAAUUUUUAGGCUACAGGUAAAAGUGGCUUUGAUAGCCUGAAUAAAUUUCCAUUUAUAUGGAAUACUACAAUCAUGAUGCUUUAUGCUAAUUAUUUUGUCUUUUGAUUAUUUACUUCUACAUAUAUAUUUAAUUCAAAUUAUUGUGUACAUUUAAUUCAAUUUAUCAUGUAUAUUAAAUUCUAUUGAAUUGAUGGUUAGGAAUCACCUUUUUAUGGGAUAUAUAAAUAUGUAAUGUCCCAUUUUAAAACUUAGGGUAUAAAAAUUGUUAAAAACGAUACAAUAGUUGAACGAAUUGUGAAUUAUUGCAACUAGACGUGCUGAAAUUAUGGAAAUUCUCCGAAAUUUCAUGACAAACUUCACGGUUUGUUUAGGGACUUUAAUGCAUAAUCGUCAGUGUUGAAAUGAUUUUUAUUUCUUCAAGAGAGUUUUGAGUUGUGAAAAUUUAUGUCCUCAUUUUUUUUUUCAAACAAAAAGAAACUGAUUGAUAUUUUCUUCAAUUUUUUACUUUGGUAGGAACUUAUAUUUACAUUUUGUUCUGAAGUGAAUAAUAACAGUAAUCUCUCACUGGUGGUACCUUCAGUAGCCUUAUUAACCUUUUGAGUACUGAUUUUAUGGAAGACUUUUAUCCACAUAUAAUGGAUUUAAUGAUAAUAAAUACUAAUAUUGGUGAUAUAAAGAAUAUUUUUCUAAGAACAUUCCAAUAACAAAAUGUGAAUAAGUGUAUAAAUGAAACAAAAUAGAAAUAUUUAUAAAGAACAAGAACUAGCUUUAUACCGUGUGGUAUUUUUUAAAACAUGUCAGUAAUUGCAUAGGUAUAUGGUACUGUUUGCACUGUCAAAUGUUUUCUUUUCUUAUUUUAUAUUUAUAACAUACGCGGCACCAUUGUGUAGGGUGUUUCUUUAAUUCUGUUUCCAGAAUAUUCUCUGGAAAAUGUGUCGAAUUUUUCGCUUGCAAACGAUGUCGUGCAUCGUUACUUGAAGGACGCCCACGGGUAUUAUAAUUUGGCAGAACCACUUAUGCCAAUAAUUCCUCAUUCAAUAAUUUUUAAAAGAAAUUGGACAGUGCCUGAUUUGGUUCCACAAUUGACUUUAUUAUGUAGAACAUGUGAAUUAAAAAUAGCCAUUACUUAUAGAUAAAACGCCAUUUUUUGUAACCUUUUUCGCAUUUUCUCAUAAAGGAAAGCACGCUAGCAAUUGGUCCUGUUUAUAAACUCCUUUCUUACCUGUAUUAUAUUCGACUACAUUUGAUAAUUUUGUCGAAAUUGUCAUCUUUCUUUUUUCGCUUUGUUUCAAUAUUUGAAUGCUUUGCACUAAGCAUGUAUACAUCAUUUUUAUCUUUCCAUUCUAGUGGGAUGAUAACAUUUUGGCCUCUCCUUUUUUUAGUUUGAGGAAAGCAAGCUCUUUUGGCAUGUGCUUUCUAUUCUUUUACACAAUUCUAUCUUGUUCCAGUAAUGCUAAAUAUAAUUGUGGAAACGAAUACCGAUUGUAAAUUGGUUGUGCCACUUCUAGGACAAACUCUCAGAUGCUGCUAUAUCAGUUUCCGGUAAUUUAUCUGUACCAACAUAGAUUUUAAAACGAAUACAAUAACCUGAUGAAGACUCGCAAAGCUUCUAGAUCAAAACCGCGUUCGUUUCGAUGGAUUGAAUUCAAUAUAACUCAAUUUUCCUUUGAACUUCAUAAGAGAUUCAUCUAGUGAUUCUGCGCUUUUUUCGGUAUAAAAAUUGUAGAAUUUAUUAUUCAGAUAAUAACUAAAUUUCUUAUUUUCCUAAUUUUAUCAUUUUUAUCCAACUUUUCGUUGUCUGUAAAGUGAAGGAAUCUUGUGAUAUCAAAAACGUAUCCCGUGGCAUAGCGGUUGUAAAAAUUGAAGUAUUUAUAAUAGUUCUUUUUGACCAAUAUAAACUCAAUUUAGAUAUUUUAAUUGAGACAUAAGAAUAUAUAAUGCGAUAUAUCCUUUCAUUUUAUCCACAGUUAAAGGAAAUCACUUCAGGUUUCGUUUAUUUGCACAUUCUUUCACAAUUAUUUGAUUGGCAUAUCUAUUCGUUUCUUCAACUGUCAUUUUCCAAAAAAAUAACUUGAUCUAGCCCUUUUAAUGGUGUAGGAUUAUCACCCGUAUCUACGCAGGUACGAAACAUUGAUUCUAGCUAUUUCUUGAAAUUGUUUUAUAUCAGCAAGAUUUUUUUUCAUUCUCUAAUUCACUGCUUUAAUUCUACUUGGCACUAUCAUUUUCGCUGUCAUAAAAUGGAUUUUUUAAUUCAGACAUCUCCAAUAGCGUAUCAAAAAGAAAACAGGGAUAAAAUAAUAAUAAGUGGAAUUAACUUUAUUUGCAACUGUAAGAUGUCAAAAACCAACAACAGGAAAUUGUUUGCGAACAACGCCAACUGGUUGGAGUACUUAAAAAAAAAUUAACGCUUGCUUCUCAAUUCAGAUGACAAGUCAGACUCGUCCACCGUAACUUCGCUCAAUAAACACAUGACGAGGCUCAUUCAUUAAAUGUACUCAAAGGGUUAAAAGGGAUAUUGGUACUUUUUUUUAUAAAUAUUCGUAUUUUCAAUGGUAUUUUCUAGUGUUAGAUUUCACAAUAAUAUUGCGGUUUUUAACACUGUUGAUCUAAUUUUACUAACUUCAUCAACUUUAUUGAUUUGAACGGUGAUGUUUUUAGGGGACAUGUGUAAAUAUAUGCCACAGUAACUGUUUCAGAAAGACUAUUUAUUUUUGGAAAUAGAGCUACAUAAUUUUUGAUAAAGUCUAUAGUUUCUUUUAAUUUGAUAUUUUGAGUAUAAGAUUUCAAUAAUUGCCUCAAUCACACCACUAACAUGAAAAUUUCAGGGAACAGUUUUUUAUUGAUCGGGUGCUUCUGAAAUAAUUUUAUUUAUAUAAGCAGUACAAUAUCUUUUAUAUUCAACAAUUGAAAUUGUUUUGAGGGCUUAUGUUUUUGGACAAGUUGGGAAAAUCAGUGAGUUUAGUUGUUAACCUCGAAUAAAAGUGUAUGUCUAAUCGUCCAAUCCAAUAUUUUAUUAUACACAAUUAUUGAGAAUUAACAGUUGAAUGGAUUGACAAAACAAAACUCACUUAUUUUCAUUAAUUAUUAACAUUAAUAUUAAUUUGUGUUGGACGUUUAAUCUGAAAAUUCAUAACUUACUUUAUAUACCAACUCAUCAAUUGUCAAAACUAUGGGUUUUUCUAGUGUUAAUCCUUUUCACUAUAUUGAAUCAUAUACAUUGCAAUUUUUGUACUUUUUACACUAUUUUUUUUUAUAAAAUAUAUAUUUAAUUAUAAAUCUAUUAGUUAAAUUGUAUUGACCGAUGUUUAUUAGUAUGAACGUUACCUUAGUGCAGGGGUCGGUACCUUCUUUGGCCGCGGAUCAAAAUAAACCAAAACUCGAGUAUUAAAUAGCAUUUUAGUAAAUAAUAAGAUACAGUGGAAACUCGAUUAACCAGACAGAUUGUUGUUGUUAGGAAUUCGGAUAAUCGAAUGUAUGAAGAAAAGCGGGUUUUGUGAAUUAAAAUAAGUUCAUCUCUUAGGUGGUUGUCCGGGUUCUCUUUUCCCUAUUGGUUUCCUUUCAAGUAAGAUGCAUGGCAGUCUACUCUCUUCCAUUGCCAGUAUCUUUUUCUUUGACUCCCCCAUCUUACGGUGUCUUGCACCCCUCAUUGUUUCCUGAUGUCAGUGUUCCUGAUUCGAUCUACUCUACACUAUAGUCCUGAGCUUUUUCAUUUCGGCUACCCAAAGCAUGCUUUUCGUUUUGUUUGUUUCCUCUCUGGUUUCUAUUCCGUAUGUUAUGAUUGGCCUGAUACAAGUCUUAUAGAUCCUAACGUUGCUAUUCGUUUGCCCAUAUUAUCUGUCUUAAACAGCCCCAUAUGGCAGUCGCUUUGUUGAUCAAAUCAGCAAAUUCGAACACAAGCAUCUGAAUUUUCAAUAAUUAAUCUGCUCCUGUUUUCACUUGAAAUAAAUUUCAUUUGUUAAAAUAUUUGCUCACAUUUAUAAGUGGACAAAAUGGCAAAACCAUUUUUUUAAUGAUGAAAACCUCGUAGGAAGUAAUGCCCAACAUGUUGAUAUCUUGAGAAAAUUAUUGUCUUCUGUAUUUUUCAAAUCGUUCCGCAAUUUCUUGAAUUUUUAUAAUCAAUUUCUAAACUAAUAUUGUAAAUUUUAAGAUAUUCAAAAUUUAUACAAAUUUAUAAUAUUUUCUUCUAUUUCAUCGGGCUUUAUUAUAAAUGUAAACAUUUCUCCAUGUUUCUUAAAACUUUGAAACCGAUAUCUUAUUCACUUUUAAUGACCGAAAUCCAACUUUCGAAUAUAUUUAGAUUGCGUUCAUCGGUAUUUUCUUUUUUAUGUUCCCUUUCUAACAAGGGAAAGAAAUGGAAUUUUUCAGUUUCAAAUAAUAUCAAUUUUGAAGUAAAACUCUUCCAUUCCUCACACAUUUUCACAAUACAUUGAAAUCAUUAUAAUGGUUCAUUAUGUCUGUUAAGAAUAAAAGUCUUAAAAACCAAAACCAUUGUUUAUCAUUGACUUCGAGAUCAUUUUCGCCGAUUUCGUGAAAAAAUAUUUGUAUAUCAUCAAUACACUUUCCAAAUCUAUUAAGAACUUUUUCCCGACUUAACCAUCGUAUUUCAGAAUGUAAUAAGAAAUCUUCAUAUUUCGAUUCAAUUUCCUCAAAAAAAGCUUUAAAGCGCCUGUCAAAUAAAUAUUCUUGAUGUAUGAUAAAAUGAAACGAUAAAAGUGAACGGCCAAGUUCCUUUUUCAUUAGUUUUACAAAUCCAACAGUUUUCCUUUCAUACUUAAAGCACCGUGAGUUGCUGCAAUUUACUUUUUAAAUCUCAUUUAAGAAAUUUGUAAACUCUUGUAUUUGACGAAACAUAUCAGUGACUUUGCCCAAAUAGGAUUUUACAAUAGACCCAGACUUGGGCCAUGUACAACUCUGGCCCUAGCUUGGUAGCCAUUAUUGACCCAGACUUGGUGGGACUCUGGGAUGAUAACAAUGUCCCUCGCUUGCAAGCCUGGACCAGGCCUGGUUGCCUACAUAAACCUAAUACUAGUCUGCAACCGUAGGUCCGGCUGGUUGCUUGUAAUGGGAUGGGAUGGCCGAAGUAAGGUUACAUAGAGUUCCACUAGGUUUGGCUGACUGUAAAAUGGCCGGGGCUAAGACUUCAACCAGGCUUGGGACAUUAUUGGUUUGCCAAGGCCGGGUUUACGAGCGUUGGCCCAAGUUAAGCCCCCUCGUUCAAGUCAAGAACGCAUAGUUCUUCAUUAACAUUCGAGAUGCAAAUCUAAUAAUUAUUGCAAGCCUACCAAUACUUUCGUCAUCUGCAAUGCUAAUUAUGUCACAAGAUAAAUCAUUUUUGACCUGUUCAUCAAUAUUCUUGGCCAUAUCUUCAACGCGACGCUGGUCUGUUCUAGCUGACAAUGGUAUUUCUUUGAUUCUCUCAAUUAUUUGUUUUUUAUUUGACAAGUCAUUAAAUGGUUUUCCAUAUGCUUAGAGCUGCACAAAACUGGCAGACGUAGCGUGAUUGUUGCUGGUAACAAAACUUUAAGAAUUUAUUUUGUUUUCCCAAAUUUAAUACACGUUUAGCAAUGUAGUCAGAUUUAUCUUAAUUUGCCAUUUCACUCACAUCAUGUUUUGAAGAAAAGUGUCGUUCAAUAUUAUAAGUCCUGGUGGCAAUUAUAUUUGUACAUUAAGUACAUAUCAAUUUGUCACCAUUUUCGAUACGCCCAUACUUUUCUGUCUACGCAUCUUGAAAUAAUUUCUUUUUUGCUUUUUGUUUGUUCGUGGUAAUUUUUUUAAAUAAUAAUAUUUAUUUCACCAGGUCAAUUUUAUUGUGCUACUGUACUACACGUACUAUAACUAUAAGUGAGAUAAAGACGCUCACAUCCAGGAAUGGUACAGCGGGGGUGGGGCUUUAACUGAUAUUUUUAUAUGUUAUACUGGAUUCAAAUUUGGUAAGUUCAUAACUUUGCGACAAGAAGUUUAUGGGAAAAAAAUGUUAUAUCUUUUACUUUAUUUUCGGAACUAAAGUGGGUCAUUUGAAAUAACCAAAUGGGUCACUCGGUGACCCACAGGUCGUAGGUUGUCGACCCCUGCCCUAGUGUAUACCAUCCAUUUAUUAAGUUGAACUUUGAAGAGUUAUUUCAGGCAAAUUUUUGUGCAGAAAUUCACAAAAAUUAAGAUUUUUGGUUGGAAGUAAUAAGGUUUAUUAUUAUUUUUUUAUUGAAUUUAUAAAAGUUUAAAAAUUGCCACAGCUUUAUUGAAAUGUAUACAGUCGACUCUCGUUAAUUCGAAACUCGAGGGAAUGUAUUACGAUUUAUCGAGUGUUUAAAAUAUCAAAUGGCUCGAAAUUUGUGAGAGAAAAUAAAUAAAACUUCGAAUUAAUAAGUGUAAUUAUAAUUUAUUACUACCAUUCUACUCGUAUAACAUUGUCAAAAGUUUAGAGGUACAUACAUGUAUUCAUAAUGUGAAUUAAUUAAUCUUUCGAAUGAACUCUGUUAUACUGGUUUGCUCCAAAACACAUUGCUGCUGUUUAAUAACUUUUUCUAAGAAAAAAGUGACUGAAAUGCUUUUUCAUCACUUUCGUUUUGUAGACAGAAGAUUUGUAAGGUAUCGAAUCAGGAUCUUCCUUAACUGACACUUCUGCCAAAAGUUCUAAUGUAUUGUCCUCAUCUUCAUCGUUACCUUUUUUCAUUCGUAUCUGUCACAGAUAAAAUUUCAUCAUCGGUUAGUGAACCUGGGACAGCAACAUCUUCAUCCACUUGAACAAAGUCAGAGAAACUCACACCGCUGAUGUCAACUAAUGGUUCUAUUGCUGGUUCUUCAUCAUCCAUAAGUAUUGGAAGAUCUUCUUUUAAGAAACCGGAUUUUUUGAAGCAGUUGAGAAUCGUUAGCGGUGUUACAGCUCUCCAUGCCUUGUCAGAACCGUGAUAUUUGCAGUUGGCUGCUUAUCGAGAGAAUAUAAAACGAGCUUAUAAUUUCUUUACGAUAGAACGUCUUAAAAUUAUGGAUGAUCCCUUGGUCCAAUGGUUGCAAUUUGGAAGUUGUAUUUGGCGAAAACAAGUAGAGUUCCACGUUGGACAAUGUAGGAGGACUGUUGUGGACAGUGCAAAUGUAUAAAAAUAGUAAAAUUUUCCGCUUUUGUCGUUUCAUGUCCUCAUCAACUGUUAAAAACCAAUUGCUAAAAAGUUCUGUCGUCAUCGAAACUUUUUUGUUACCACGAUAAUCAGUCCAUAUUUACUGCAAGUAAAAGUGUCAACCUCUUAUUACUACGUUUUUCCCCAUGACAUUUUUCAUUUUUAAAAGUAACCGUCUUAUCCGGUAAACAUUUGAAAAAUAGGCCAGUUUCAUGAGUAUUAAAAAUGUCUCGGGCAUCAUAGUUCUCAAUCAAGGUCUUUACCGGAAUUUACUGUGCCAAUCUAACCAAACUGCUUCAUCAACACUUCCACUUUCCCCACAAACUUUUUCAAACACAACAUUUCUUUUUUUGAAAUUUGUAAGUCACCCUUCUCUUACCCCAAAGUUUUUGAUGCUUAGAGUAGACGCGAACUCUUUUCCUUCUUCCGCUAAUUGACACUUUUUGUCCUCUACGUUGUCUUAGCCAAAUGACCAGGCUUUCUUUCAGACUAGGAAAUUCACCUUUAGUAGCUCUUUUCCAUACUCAAACAUUAAUUUUCUCCUUGUGCUUUAUUAUGGUUGAGAGAGUACUCAGAGCAAUGUUAAAUUCUUUUGCAACACCACUUUUCUUCUCACCUUCCUCUACUUUUUCGAUUAACUUCUUCUUUUCAGCAAUCGUCAAAUAUUUAUACUUGCUAGUGCUCAUAACUAAGACAAACUUUUUAUCAGUAUACCAACGAAAGAGUAACAGUAACUGAAGGAUAACUAAACAAACCCAUUUACGAUAAGUGUGUAUCAAAUAGUCAAACUAAUCAUAACAUAAUCACGUAUCGUGUACGUUGAUACAAGUUUGAACUUGUCGCAAAAUGUACUUACAAUUUUUUCGCCUCUUUCUCUCUGCAACUUUGAAUUGUCGAGUGUUGGACGCUUAUGAGUUCGAAUUAACGUGUCGUUUUGUUAUAUAGUAAUGAUUUUUUCAUUUGAAUUACCAAGUACAUAAAAAUGUAUUGAUUUAGUUCGAAAUAUAAAGUGAUUUUGUGUGGGACUCGUGAUAACUUUGAAUCAUAGAGAGGUUCGAAUUAUCGCAGAUUUGAAUUAACGAGAAUCGAAUGUAUAUAUAUUUAAAAAUGCACUUUUUUGUAAUACAAAUCUAAUACCCUUCGAAGUUUUAAACAAAGAGAUUCUGACACAAUUAUUUUAUUCAAUACUUUGUCAAUUAUGCAUUUUUUUACAUAACUGAUAUUUACUACUAAUUAUUGUAUCAAUAAAAAAGAACUAUGAAAUUA